AUGGCUAGUGAUAAAGAGAGAUCCAUAAGGUUCAAUGAGCUCAAUACGGGCAUUGUUAGGCCUGAAAUUCAAGCACCCCAAUUCAAGUUAAAGCCUGUGAUGUUCCAAAUGUUGGAGACAGUGGGUCAAUUUAAACCAAGUAGCAUCCUUGAGGAACCUAAUGAGCUAAGGAAAAUACCACAAGGCACCUUGCCUAGUGAUACUGAAAAUCCAGGGAGAGAUGGUAAGGAUCAUUGCAAGGCGGUUACCUUGAGGAGUGGUAAAAAUUUGGAGUUGAAUGAGGAUAAUCCUAAGAGCAAAAGCAAGCCCACUUCAAUCCAAAGUAAUGUAGAAAAGGAAGAAAGAGUUGUGAGUUCCAAAAUGUCAAAUGUUGAUCCUGAAGCAAUUUUUGUAGCAAUUCCUCAGCAAAAUGCAAUAGAGAAGCCUAUGAGGGCACCUCCACCAUUUCCUCAACGGUUUCAAAAGCAGCAACAAGAUAGCCAAUUUCAAAGAUUUUUGGAUGUUUUGAAGCAACUCCACAUCAGCAUACCUCUGGUGGAAGCUUUGGAACAAAUGCCUAAUUAUGUGAAGUUCUUGAAGGAUAUUUUGACAAAGAAGAGGAGACUUGGUGAAUUUGAAAUGAUUUCUUUGACUGAGGGUUGUAGUGCUAUUUUGAAGAAUAAAAUUUCUCCAAAGUUGAAGGAUCCAGGCAGUUUCACAAUUCCAAUUUCUAUUGGGGGACGAGAAGUUGAUUUUAUUAUUCUUUACUAUGAGGAUGAUAGGGAUGUACCGAUCAUUUUGGGGAGACCAUUUCUUGCCACCAAGAGGACAUUGAUAGAUGUUGAAAAAGGAGAGCUCAUCAUUCGAGCUCAAGACGAACAAGACACAUUCAAGGUUUUUAAUCCUAUACGCUCUCCUAAUGAAGUUGAAUCUUGCUUGGCAAUAAGUGCUUCUAACUUCAAGUUGAUUGAAAAUAUGCAUGAAAAGCUUAGAAACGGAGUGAAGAAAAAGAUCCCUUUUGAAGAAAUUGAGAAAGGUGGUGAGCCAUGGAUAAGUAAGGAAGAAGCACCAUCUCAUCCUCCAAAGCUACCGAAGAAAAAGAAACAUAGUAGAAAACUUCAAUCACAAAUGUUGGAAGUUGGGAAUAAAGUGUUUUUCUCAAACUCUCUAGUGAAAUCAAGGUGUGAUGGUGGGUUCUUAGUGAGCAAGGUGUUUCCCAAUGGUGUGGUUGAUUUAUAUGAUGAGCAUUUGGGGAGAGCAUUUAAGGUUUUAAGAAAGCAAGCAGAUGGUGUUCUGGAAGUAAUAUUUGGGUGUGAUUGUUUUGCAAACUUUUUGCUUCAGCAAUCAGGGAGCAAAAUGGUGGAUUUUGUUGGGUGGUGGGGGCUUGUUGUUUGUGAUCUAAAUCUGUUUCUGUUGGGACAGCAAUUGGAUGUGUUGAGCAGGUUGUAA